AUGGCUGAUGUCCAGGAAUUCAACAGUAUGCGACCGGCCGAGCGGCCCAAGAAGCGCAGAAGGCGGACAAUGGCCUGCCAGCCGUGCCGCAGUCGGAAAUUGCGCUGUGACCGCGAGUAUCCGACGUGCAGCCGGUGCUUGAAGAGCAGGGCGCCCACCAAUUGCACCUACGAGGAUGGGUUUCUGUGGCAGCAACCCGCAACAGUGUCGGGGGCUUCUUUUACCAGCGAUCAUGGAUCCACCAUGCCCCAGCCCGAGCAGGCGAUGCAGACACCCACCGACUCGGGCUUGACGGUGUCUACUCGGCCGGACGCACUCGUUUCGAAUAGUGUCCUCGGCCUCGGGUCCACGCUCGCUGAUACUAGUAGUAGGCCUCCAGAUGGCCCGCACCCCCAUUCGCAUGCGCAUCACAAAGGGAGGCAUAGAGAGCGCGGCUUCCUUGAGACUGUGCUUGGUGCGCCGAAAGCCGCGGUCAACCAGGAGCCGUAUGUGAAUACGGGCCUGCUGCAAAGGCCAAGGCGACCUGCACCGGAACCUGACAUGCAUUAUUCCUCGCAGGUAGAUCAAGAAGGCAUUGAAGAGGACGACCAAGAUAUUCUAUCACCAUCACAUCAAUUGGAUCUGUCACCGCGUAUCAUGAUGAGAGGUCGUGAGACGAAAACGAGGUACAGCGGAUCAGGCAUUUUUGCCAAUCUUGUCGCUCAGUUCCCUGAUAUCAGGUCCUUUGCAGAGGAAAUCAGAUUAACAAAUCCGAUCCUCUCGCGAGUUCGACCUGAUCUUGAACGGGUCAAAAAAGGACUCUGGAAGCGAAAACCUCUCAAUGAGCCUUUCCCAGAGCCUACGACAGCUUCAUUGAUAGCUCUCCUACCUUCACGAGGGGUAGUCGACGAGCUCAUCGGCUUGUACCUCACAUAUAUUGAAUCCCAGCACCGCAUUCUUCACGUCCCGUCAUUUCUACGGGAGGUAGAUCAAUUCUUUGCGAUGCUGGAUAAUCCCAUCAAUGUGUCAACCAUCUUCGUGGUGCAGCUUCUCUUAGUCCUUGCAUGUGCAUGGAACCUUGCAGAUGUGGGUAGUCUGCAAGAGAAAAGUGCCACCCUGUUGAAAUGCUAUACAGCUGUGGAGUGGGUGCUGCAUGCAGAGAAGUGGAUCGACAGUGCACAUAUCAAGCGGCCCGAUAUUGUGGCUCUGCGACUCUACAUCCUGCUGAUCAUGGCUCAGAACUGCUUUGGCACGAAGCGUAGCAAAGCCUGGCUUGCUACUGGUACUCUUAUCCGACAAGCGAUGCUGGCGGGGUACCAUCGUGAUCCGAACAAGUAUGCCCGCAUCUCUGUAUUCAACAAGGAGAUGCGGCGGAGGAUCUGGAUGACUAUUCUGGAGCUGGAUAUGCAGGUCGCCAUUGACCGAGGCAUGCCGCCGAAUAUACAGAAUUCCGACUACGAUACUCUUCCCCCGCUCAAUAUCAACGACGACGAGAUCCAUGAGAGCAGCACGGAACCCCCCAAGGACCGGCCAAUCAGCGAGGUCACGGAUUCAUCGUUCGCAACAGCCAUUGCUCGGUCUCUUCCUCUUCGACUGAAUGCGUGCCACUUGAUGCAUUCUCCUCGGAUUAGCUGUCGCUAUGAGGAGAUUCAGCGUCUGGAUUGGGAACUUAGUCGGCAUAUCUCCCGUAUCCCGGCAUGGAGUGUCUCGGACGCGAAUGACCUGGUUGCCCAGCACAAGGUCGCAUUAUGGAAAGCCAUGAUUGAGACCAAGCUUGCUCAAAGUUUGAUAUCGAUUCAUACGCCAUUUGCCAUCGAGGCUCGUCGAGAAUCGCUGUUCGUGCCUUCAGCUCGAUCCCGUCUUGACGCUGCUGUCUCCAUUCUCACGACACAGAAGCGGCUGUAUGAAACUUCGCAGCCGUUGUCAUUAUGUAUGCUAGGCGAGUGGACGAUUCAGGCAUACAUCACUAUUUGCCAGAUCCUGCACUCAGGGAAUCAGCACCCUACAUGCUACCCAGCCUCUACCACAUCCACCAUCCAUGCACUCCCCGGUCUGCCAGAUUCUCUCCUUGCACUCGUCGAGACAGCUCUCAUCGCUCUUGAACACCGAUUCCUGCUCGUCGUCAAGGGAGCCAAGGAUUACUUCUUUCUCUCAACAAUCGUCGCCCUGGUCAAGGCCAAGGUGUGGCCAUCGCAAUCGAACAUCUGCAAGCAGCAAGUCGUGGAGCGCGUCUUAUCCUUUGCCCAGACAUUGUUCUCACGACAUGCCACCUGCGAACACUUGGGCGCACCGGGGAUGGGCAGCUUCAAGGAUAAUCAGGUUGCGGCCUUUGUCGCGACACCCGGCAUGGAACCCGUCCUGCCUUCCGAUUUGGACGGCAUUCUUCCGCCGCCAGGUUUCGGUGUGACCCCGCCGGGCGAUUUCGAUCCCUUCCUCGAUGUUUUCGAUUGGGAAGAUCUGACGGGGAUCGCCCUGGGCAACUAA